CAAUCUUUUUCGCGACGUCGACCCAGUCAGAUAGAAGGCGUUCGAUGAUUGGUUCAAAUCCCUUAAGUCCGAGUAAGUAUUUUAUGAUUUUGCUACUAUUUUUUUGUAUUUUUCGUAACUGUUUUUUCAUUUUUCAGAGAUAGUUAUACCAUCGGCUGUAUGACUGUGCCCAAUGCUAAAAAGUGGUUUGAAAAUGUACUGACGACCUCAGCUUGGCUCGCUGAUGAUCAUAUCGACUUGGCUAUGGAAUUGUUACGCGAUCGGGCUCGGAGAUACCCGAGAUCUUAUGACAGUCCUAGUCGAGUUAUCCUGAGCUCUGAGUUUGUUCGUGUCGUAGAUAUUGAGCAUCACGAGCUCCUAAGUAAGGGGAAUGAUUAUGUUCUGUCUGAGUACAUGAUGGAGUGGGUGAUUGAACUACAGUUGAGGUGCGGAAAGUCGUGGACGGAUUGUACAAAUAUUUAA